AGUCGAAUCCCAACUGGCCAUUGAGGAAGGUCACACCACGCUCAGAUACCUUGAAUGACAUUCCCUCUCGCUACUACGACGCUACUGGAGAGCCGUCCGUAGAUAGGCAUCAUCGUAUCGUGCUUUGUGGCCUGUGAAUCUGCGAAUCGCGAGGCGAAAGAAAGUGGUUUGAGUGAGUCCGCGCGCGGAAAAAGAAAGUCGGGCUGUCGAACGCAAUCCAACGAGCCUAUCCAAUCGUGUGCGGUGGACGAAGAAGGAAGAAGUGCGCGCCACGUUAAGCCGAAGAGAGGCAUCCAGCGAAGAGAAAUGCGCCAGUGCUGGUGGUAGCUUUACAUACCCCUUGCUGCCAGCUGCCAGUUCAAACCGUUUUCGGCCGUUUCGCGGACUGGUUGGUACUUUCUUUUUCGCUGCUGCUGCUGUUGCUCCCGGACGAACACUUGAUCCAGGGGCCGAACGAGCCACUGCCCCAAACCCAAAACAGUACGGACGGAGAUUGCGGUUUUCUUCGGCCGCGUUACAAUACAAAAAACACACAAUACUCCGAUCUGGGGAAAAAAGAGAAAAACCAACGGAUUAUUUGCAAACGAUAAUUAUUCAAAUUUCUCGACUCCUCUUAAGGCCGGGCGUACGUCUGCCGGAUAGUGACCCAGUGUUUUUCCGUGAUAUCUCGGUGAUCGCGCGAGUGAAGGAAGCCCGAUUCAGUGUUCAGCCCCGUUAGGUCAUCGAUAGUUUUUUUUCGCUCGACCGGAGUGUGACAGUCAAUCAAUUCAUGGAUUUCGUCAAAAGAAGAAAAGUGACCUAACCGUGUUCCAUAACUUUGCAGGGAUCAGGAAAGCAACGGAAGAGUUCAAGGUUCUCCACUUUUGCUCCACCGUCUGGAAUCUGGCUCUCGGGAGAAAGUGUGUGAUGUUCGUAUCGCUGUAGUCGUCAACGCGAGCGAAGUGCGGUUUUGCGUCGACCAACCUUGUCCCGGUUUCGAUGGGAUUGAUCAAAAACAAAUAAACCGGGAAGAAACGUGCGGAGAUACCUACAAACAGAAUUGAAGUGUCGGAAGAAUUCUUAAGGAGCUGUUCGAACGACGGCGUGUCUAGAUCAUCUCGGAUAAGGGUGUGUCAGUGUUUGGUGAUACGUUACGAGAGAGAGAAAGAAGCGAAGAAGUGUUUGCGAAGAAGGCCCACGAUAGAAGUGACACGAUGGUGACGGGGAACGUCAAGUGGCGACUGCCGGGGGCAGUGCCGAUAUUUGCGCUCGCCGUGAGCUGCCUGCUGAUGGCGAUGUUGAUGCCGCUGCACGGAGUAAAUGGGCUAAGUUCAACAGGUGAAAGAGAGAGCCGAAAGCUGUUCGGAGGCUACCGGAUAACACCGAAAUUCUGCAACGCCACGCGGUCACUGUUGAAGCGAGAUUCUGACCGGCGAGGGCCAACGAUUUGCAUGUUCAACCAUGAGUGUUUUCAACGGCAAGGAGAAGUGGUUGGUGCCUGCAUGGAUGGUUUCCUUUUCGGUACAUGCUGUGAACUGCCGUUGUCGAAUGAUGCUUCCAUGGUGACUGACUCUCUUAUGGAACAAUUUAACUAUACGGACGAUAUGGAAACCACUUCCCAGUCUCCUCUCAGCUCUGCCAUUGCCAGUCAGUAUGAGAAGUUUGGAAGUCAACUUUCUGGAUCCGGAACUGGCUAUGGACCAGUGAUUAAUUAUGAACCCAUCAAACUGGAAAAUCCCGUAAAGGAAAGUAGCGAUUCUACUGGAAGUGCAAGUAUGCCAAGUGCAGCGUCCAGUGAAAAGCCUUUGUUCAACAAGCUCGACAACAACUAUAUCACAAAUGACGAUCUAGACGAAGAUAUCAUGCAGAGCAGUUUGAAUUCCCACAUGUACCAGUUGUCGGACAAUGCGGUAUCCGUAUACUCGCCAUCCACUUCAAACAUCAAGUCUGAGGAAAUCGAUAUCGGUACUACUAUCCCACCACCACCAGUUCCAAGCGAAGUCAGCUAUGUCAAGAUCGAUAACCACAAUAACGUCUACAGCUCGGAGAUUCCUUCUUCGUUAAACAAAUACAACGAGCAUUUCUCCGAUGCCAAUGGAGCCUCUGCACCAUCGAUCGAAUCCAGCACAGACAUCACUUCGAGUGGAGUUCAAAUCAUUGCCAACCAGAUCUAUCAGGAAAAUCAGCUGUUCGACCACAGUGACAUCACGCAUCCAGAAGCCGAAACAGACCUCUUCAACGAGAAUGGCGCCGUUGAUCAAAGCUAUGCCGGUCCCAACGAUUUUGCCAACCAGGAAAUCGCAACGGAGGUGCUGACCACAGAAAAACCAGUGAAAAUUACCCACCCAAAGCCUCAGUUCAAACCUAAACCUAAGCCAACUCAAGCAACUGAACCAAACAACUACGUACUUGUACAUACUAUUUCUAGUGACACUAAAGACAGCGAAAACCAAACCACAAAACCAACUGUCUCCGUCAACAAUAUCCAUUCGAUUGAAUCGAUCAUUCUGAUGUUGAACGAAACGAACCUUGGACCACAGUACGAAACGGACUCGGACACCAAACAUGACAACGUGACCGAGACUUCUCAGACUCCACCACCCGAGACCACCUCGCAGGCGUCCUAUGCGACGUCCUCGAUUGACUACGAAAAGUACGGACCGACAAGCUUCUACAUCACCAAACCCCAGAAGACGAGCCCUCCCACCACCUUACUAUCCACUAAGGUCCCUUCGACCAGCUAUGUGUACAGUCCAAAGCCUACGAGACGGCCCAUUCUGGAACCGGUUGUAGUCCAAGCUACCUUACUGACGAGCGGAUACGGAACGACAGCUGUGACUCAAAAAGACCCAGCUAUCUCCGUAUCGACCGUUCGUCCACCACCAAACAAACUUGUCGUCACAGCUGGCGGUAAUCAACGACCUAUCAUCAUUACAAGCGAUGGAGAACACGCAGUCUCAUCCGGAUACUACACUGCUGCAUCAACUGCAGCACCUGUUGCAGUCUCUUCAGUUCAACCAACUAAGAAAGUGAGCGCCAAUCCUUCGAAACGACCAGCGUCCACCACCAUCAACCUACCAGAAUACAUCGUUCAAUCGUCAACACUUUCCCACCAAUCGCCAGCUCCUGUGAACAACGUUAACUAUGUCCACAUUGCCAGUGCAUCCGAUAAUCCAUCACCAACUGUCCACAUCACACCGAAACCGGUUCCAGGACUUGUUACCUCAAGUACAUGGAACAAUAAACUGACCAGCCCCGUCAGCAACCAACGUCCAGGUUACUACGAAAACACACCUCCACCAGUCUACGUCUCAUCUCUUGCUGACUUUGCCGAUGAAGGCUACUUUGGAGUAACGAAACGACCUGGAGUAGCUCCUACCGUAUCAUCCACUGCCAUCUAUACCAUUGUCGAUUCCAACAACGUUAUCGGUCAUAUUGCUUCAUCUACAUACUCUCCUGGUUAUCCGUCGGUGAAUCGAAUCCCACCUAAUCAACAACCCACCCAUAUCUACAUCGCCCAAGCUGUCGAAUCAUCUACCAUCAAAAACGAACUCUACACGACUCCUGAUGACAUCAACAACUUCCCACCAGUUAGGAAUCCCAAUCUUAACCUGACGGACUCUACCAUGAUGAGCAACAUCACUAAAAUCGAGAAUGAUCACUUCUCCGGAAUCAACGAUGAAGACAAAGUCAACAUGCUGGUGAACAAAAUCGUGGAGUCUUUCAAUGGAAACUUUGACGAAUUGGAAGCAAUUUUGAAGGAAAGGAAGAAUCUAACUCUGAGUGCAUCCACAACGACGCUCGCCACUACCACUACCACCGAAACCCCAACUACUACUACCGUGAAGGUAAAGACUACAAGCUCAACAAGCAAGCCAGUGACAAAGAAGAAGAAGAAGCGUCCAAGUGGCAGCAAGAAACCAUCCAACUCUACGUCCAGUUCUUCGACUAGCAUCAAGAAGCCUACCACAACCAAACCAACCAUCAUCGAACAGGAUACAGCACCUGUAUCUACCUACGAAGCCACCUCCACCACGAAACCAGUUUCCAAGCCAUCGAAAAAACCCACCAAGACUAAGCGUCCUAGUAACUCUACGAAACCAACUUCAUCAUCUUCCAGUAAACCAGUAGCAACUACCGCCCUUGACACGCCGACGAAACCAUCAAAACCAUCCAGUACAAAGCCGAAACCAAGUUCCAGUUCCACAUCGACACGCCCGAAACCGACGACCAGCUCGAAACCUCAAGCCGACGAGAAGCCAGCCACAACCGCAUCCAAACCAUCAUCGUCCACCACGAAGAAACCAUCGCGACCCUCGACCUCCAAAAAGCCCGCCAAGAAGCCCACCAACCGACCAACGCCUGCCGAAACCGAACCGGUAACGCUGACCACGACCCGCAAGCCGACCAAGGCGACGAAGCGUACCACGAAGCGACCGACGACGACGACCAGCACCACUACAACCACCCCAGCCCCGGAGGACGAAAUCAUUGACGAGGAGGAGAACGUCGUGGAGGAGGAAGAGGAAGAGGAGGACGUCGGCGAGGAGACCAACAACGAGACGGUUGAUGACCAAGCGCCAAGAAAAAUACUUUGCGGUCAGCGACCACUGAUGAAGAGUGCCCGUGUCGUUGGAGGAAAGGCAGCCAAGUUCGGAGAAUGGCCCUGGCAGGUGCUGGUACGAGAAUCGACCUGGCUCGGACUGUUCACCAAGAACAAAUGCGGCGGAGUUUUGAUCACGAACGAAUACGUCGUCACGGCUGCACAUUGUCAACCUGGCUUCUUGGCCUCGCUCGUUGCCGUGUUCGGAGAGUUUGACAUCUCGAGCGACCUGGAAACGAAGCGAUCAGUUACCAAGAACGUCAAGCGAGUCAUUGUGCACCGACAGUACGAUGCGGCCACCUUCGAGAACGAUCUCGCCAUCCUGGAGCUGGAAAGUCCCAUUCACUACGAUGUUCAUAUUGUGCCAAUUUGCAUGCCAUCAGACGAAGCUGACUUUACCGGCCGAAUGGCGACAGUAACCGGAUGGGGACGUUUAACGUACGGUGGCGGAGUGCCUUCGGUGCUACAGGAAGUGCAGGUCCCAGUGAUAGAGAACAGUGUCUGCCAGGAGAUGUUCCACAUGGCCGGACACAACAAGAAGAUCCUGCCGUCGUUCGUUUGUGCUGGCUACGCGAACGGCAAGCGAGAUUCAUGUGAGGGUGACAGCGGUGGUCCACUAGUGUUGCAACGUCCGGACGGUCGCUACGAACUGGUCGGAACGGUAUCCCAUGGAAUUCGCUGUGCGGCCCCAUACCUGCCCGGAGUCUACAUGAGGACGACGUUCUACAAACCCUGGCUGCGAAGUGUCACCGGUGUGAAAUAGGAAUGAUGACAACUACAACGAUGACGAGGACGACGACAACGACAACGACGUCGACGACGAUGAUGAUGAAGAUGGGAAGCCGACGCUUUUCCUCCUCGUUCUCCCCCACAAGUUGUCGCAGUUUAAUUAGUUUGUAAUGCGCGCGUGCGAUGAAUGGAAAACGACUAUGCAUUCCAAUUAUGUAAGCGGGACAAAAAGAACAUUUGAGGUGCACGUUUUGCGAUGUGAGUGGGUGGUAUUGGAGUGAGAGCCUGUUGGGAAUGAAUGAUCGAGCGAGUGUUGUUUGGAGCUGUAGCGAAAUUUCGUAGGUAGUUACGUUUUAGGGAACAAAUUGCAAUAAUUUAUCUAGCGAUUAGAUGGAUGUGAUUUGGAGUCAUUGUUAAGGAUUAAUUUAUUGUUGUUGUUAGUAUUUAAAUUAUUUAUUGUCUAGCUUGUAAGCGAGAACCCCGAUCAACAAACACAAGGGAUUACAACUGACGAAAGGGUGGGAAGCAAAUGACACGGUGUAAAAAUGUGAUUAUUUUAAUUUAUUUCGAACAGAGAGAAAAUAAGAAAUUCCUAUUAAAGAAAAUGACACUGUUGAAC